AUGUGCAAAGAGUUGUAUAUGUAUCAUAGGUCAUGCGGUGGCGAUGGUACCAAGCCAUGCAUCUGCGAUAAGUCAUGUCCGUACUACGAACCCUACUUCGCAAGUACCUGUGACUACACUUGGUUCAGAGGAGAUGAUCUUACUAAAUGCAAGGAAUGCCCCCGCAGAGCCAUGGAUGACAAAAGAAAUAAGAAGGGGGAGAUUGUGCCCGUUGCCGCGUGUCACAACUGUCCCGGACAUGAGACUCACAUGAAGGGCGCUGAUCUACCAAAGGCUGAUCCUAACCAUCGCUCAGCGAUAUUACUAAGAGCAAUGGAAAUGAAGAAUCAGUCUGAACAUUCAACAUUUCCAGCGAAAUCUUCUCAAGCAAAACCUCCUUCAGCAAAACAUCCUCUGAAGAGAAGACCAGAAUUUGCAGAGUACCUUGGGCGAGUUUUGGCAAAGAAGAUGUAA